GAUAUAAAAAAAAGUGUAAAAUACAAUGUUCAAUGUUUAUAAAUUCACAAUAAAAAAAUUUCGGUCAGAAAUAUAGAUGUGAUUUAGACGAAUUAAUGAAAAUCACUAAUCUAUGAUAAUAUGAUAUAAAAUUAAGAUGUUUAGUGUAAUGCGUUAAUUUCGUUGCGUUUUUGUAGUUUCAAGUUUACGCAUUUACAAAUUUCAUAUUAUGUAGAUAAUUAUAAUAAUUUAUGAGUUAUGAUCUAAACUUCUUAUAUAUUCUAAUGCUUUUUAUUUCAUUUUUAUUUUAUUAUUAGUUGUUAACUUUUUAAAUUACUUAGUUAAGUUUUAUUAACAUAAGUUGUAUUUUAAUAAUUUAUUAAUUUAAUCAUGGCUGAUUCGGGACAAUUUAAAAAGUACAUAGCAGAACAAAAGCUCAAAGCAUUUUCUAUUGGAGCAAUGGGAAAAACUCAACCUUCAAAAAAAGAAUUAAAUGAACAAAAAAAAAAAGAAGAAGAACAUGCUGCUGCUCAAGCCUUUGAAGAGUUUGUAGCAACUUUUCAAAAUGAAGGGAAAAAAAAUAGUAAAGUUUGGGUUAAAGCUGGUACAUAUGAUGCUGGAAAGAGACAGGAGGAUACUCGUGAAAAAGGUAAAUUAUAUAAGCCUCAAGCAAGAGGAAAUGCAGACUCAGAUAAAACAGAUGACCUUUCUCGUUUUAUGGGUGAACGUAAAAAUGAAAGAAUGCUUACAAAGAAAAAGAAAGAAGGUGAAAAGAAAAAAAGUAAUCUAGAAUUAUUCAAAGAAGAACUAAAAAUGAUUCAAGAAGAAAGAGAAGAAAGACAUAAAUUCAAAGGGGUUUUACAAAAAACUAUUGAGGAUCCUGAAAUUAAGAAUUUGAUAAUGGUCGAACCUGAUGAAAUUAAAGGUUCAUUUGAUUCUGGCGAUCCAAAUACUACAAAUUUGUACUUAGGGAACCUUAAUCCUAAAAUUACUGAAGCUCAGUUAAUGGAAGUUUUUGGAAAAUAUGGACCUUUGGCAAGUAUUAAAAUAAUGUGGCCUAGAUCUGACGAAGAAAAAGCAAGAGGGCGUAACUGCGGUUUUGUAGCUUAUAUGAGUCGUAAAGAUGGCGAAAGAGCAUUAAAAAAUUUAAAUGGGAAAGAUGUUAUGUCUUAUGAGAUGAAAAUGGGUUGGGGUAAAAGUGUGCCCAUACCUCCUCACCCAAUUUUUAUUCCACCCGCUUUAUUAGCUAUAACAUUGCCACCUCCACUUUCUGGAUUACCUUUCAAUGCUCAGCCUAUUUUGCCACAAAAAGAAAAAAAGAAUCAUGGACGAACACGACAAGAUGGAGGAUAUUUUGAUAGAAAUCAACCAGUUGAAAAGAUUUUACCGCAGACUAUCAUUAAAGUGGUUAUACCCACAGAAAGAAAUUUGUUAAUGCUUAUACAUCACAUGAUUGAAUUUGUAAUACGAGAAGGACCAUUAUUUGAAGCUAUGAUAAUGAAUAAAGAGUUGAAUAAUCCAAUGUUUCAAUUUUUGUUUGACAAUUGUUCGCCAACUCAUAUAUACUAUAGAUGGAAGCUAUUUUCUAUGUUACAAGGUGAUUCAACUAAAGAGUGGCGCAUUGAUGAAUUCCGUAUGUUUAAGAAUGGAUCAAUUUGGAGACCACCACCAAUGAAUCCAUAUACUGUUGGUAUGCCAGAAGAACUUGUACCAGAAGAAGAUUUAGUUACAAGGACUAAAGGAACUUUAAGCGUAUCUCAAAGAGAGCGAUUUGAAGAACUUAUAAGAAAUAUGACUCCUGAGCGGUUAAAAGUAGCCGAAGUCAUGGUAUUUUGUGUAGAACAUAGUGAUGCAGUAGAAGAAAUUUGUGAUUGCAUUCAAGAAUCAUUAUCUAAUGCUACAACCGCAUUACAUAAAAAAAUUGCACGGCUUUAUUUGAUAUCAGAUGUUCUACAUAAUUGCAGUUUAAAGGUUAUAAAUGCAACACAAUUCAGAAGAGGGUUUGAAACAAGAUUAAUUCCAAUAAUGGAAGAAGCUCUUAAGACUUAUAAGAGUUUAGAUUCUCAAAGUCAAGCUGAUGGUUUUAAACACCGUAUUAUGCAAAUUUUCCGUGCUUGGGAAGACUGGGAUAUUUAUCCAAAAGAAUUUUUGUUCAGAUGUCAAAAUACUUUUCUUGGGCUAUCAAUAAAUGAGAUACCCCAAGAAAUAAUUAAUUCUCGUGAAGAACUACAAUAUAAUACAAAUUCAAAAUCUAUCGAUGAUUCUGAAAACAUUGACGGAGCACCUUUAUCUGAUACCGAAAAUCUAGAUAAUGAGGAUUUAGAUGGUAUACCUUUAGAUGGUGCUACAUUGUUGAAACAUGCAUAUGAUGAUACACCUCCUGGUGAUACAGAUAUUGAUGGUAUACCAUUAUUGGAUGAUGAUAUUGGAGGUGCACCAUUAGCAGGAGACUCAAUAGGAAAAAAUAUCAAAGCAGCUGCAUUUGUUCCAUCUAGAUGGGAAACUGUAGAUCCUCAUGAAGCUGAAGAACAAGCAAUGACUACUAGCAAAUGGGAAAUGUUAGAAAGAGAAAAUAAAAAUUAUAAUAGUGAGUCCAUCGAUCAAGAUUCCCCAGACGAUGACUUUAAUGAAACAAGAGAAAAUACUGAUGAUCGAAGAGCUAAAUUAAGAGAAGUAGAAGUAAAAGUCAUGCAAUAUCAAGAUGAAUUAGAAUCUGGCAAAAGAGCAUUAAAAGGUGGAUGGAAUAUAUAUCAACAAGUGGAACAUUAUAGACGUAAACUACUCAAAAAAGUUCAAAAGUCCCCAGAAAAGGAAUUGAAAUUGGAAAAAGAUAAAAAAGAUAAAGAUAAAAUCAAUAAAAGAUUAAGUCCCGAUGAAGACUAUCGUGAUGGUAAGAAAAAGAAACGAUCAAGAAGUCCUUCAAAUAGCCCAGCAUAUAGUAAAUGGUCAUCUCAUAGCAUAAGAAGUGAUAGUUCAAGUCCUCCUUCAAGAAAAAGGCCAAAUUCACCUCAACGUAAUAAUAAAAAAACAAGAAUAUCACCAAUUGAUUCUCCUCGUUCAUUAUCAAGAAGAAGGGACCGUGAACGCGAUGAAAGGCAUAACUAUCGACAUAAAAGAUCACAUUCACGUUCACCUCAUCGGCAUCAUGUACAUACACCUCCAACAUCUAUGUCACAUACAUCACGAAAGCACAAACACAAAUAUUGAUUAAGAAUACCUUGCGUACUGAAUAAUAUUAUUUUGUCAUAAUGUUUUUCCUAUAUUUAUAUAUAUAUAGUUCUUAUAAAUAAUUUGACUAAUAAGUUUGUCAAUUCAUAGAAUUAUUAUUAAAU